GUUCCUGUGUCGAAGCAUCUGUGUAGUGAAUUCUUAGUCGCUUAGGGAGCGAGCGUUCACUCCUUUACUGAGAGAUAUACUAACUGAUGAACAGUCAUCCACCUCAAUGUGUAUGGUCAUAUUUGCUCCGAUUUUUGCUGUUUGUGCAUUUGCAACAUGUGGUGGAUAUUCUGGUCAGAUAAUGGUUAAAGUAGAAUGCAUGGAUAAAACCCAAAGAAAUAUUAGCAUCAUUUUUGGCUAUCCGUUCAGACUGCAGCAGGUGCACUUCAGUGUCCCUCUUUGUGAGGGUAAGAGGUAUGAGACACUCUUCCUCGAGGGAGACUACUCUCCUUCAGCACAAUUCUUUGUUACUGUGUCUGUGUUAGCAUUUCUCUACUCGCUCCUAGCUACAGUAGUCUACAUUUUCUACCAGAACAAGUACAGAGAAAAGAACAGAGGUCCUCUAGUGGAUUGCCUGGUGACUGUGAUUUUCUCAUGUCUGUGGCUUGUGAGCUCGAUAGCAUGGGCUAAAUCUCUCUCUGGAGUAAAGACAGCCACAGAUGUGAGUCUGAUACAGAUGCUAAUGUCUGCCUGCAGAGAUGAAGAGAACUUGUGUGAGACACUAGAGGAGCCGAGCUGGACCAAUCUUAAUGUUUCAGUGGCUUUUGGCUUUCUGAAUUUUUCCCUGUGGGCUGGUAACAUUUGGUUUGCCUACAAAGAAACAGGCUUACACAAGUCCGGUCAACGAUAUCCCUCCAGAACUCCCUCUGAGAAACGCAGUGGUAGCUUCAGGCAGUACAGUCAAAGCAGUUUUGACCAAUCUGGAACAGGUUAUGGACAGAGACUCUACAGCCAGCCAAGUUUUGACCUAUCAGGUGGAGGCCUCAGCCUAUUGCAGACCAGUCUGGCACAACCUAAUGUUUACAGGCAGAUGGGCAGUCCCACAUCUAGAGGACCGCUCAUAUUUGUCAAUGAAAGUCAGUGA